ACGGAUCUCAGCCCCCACCUCACUACAACGGGGAAACUGUAGAGCAAGGGCUUGUGGGAUCAGGAAGUGUGUUUAAGUAAAGCCCUGCGGCUGCACACUCGUCCCUGCUCUUCCGGGGCAGGGUAGCUGAUCGUGGACCCACGGCAGCUCGCAAGGCGCCGCAACUCUUGGUUCUAUGAGGGGGAAGGAUGACUGAAUGGCAGAGAAAGAGUCCUCUAGAAUGGCAGACCUACUUAAACAAGGAGGCGAAAGUCACAGCUGCUGAGAAGCAUGAAUAUGUAGGAUGGGUCUUAACAGUUGACCCAGUUUCUGCAAACAUUGUUUUAGCUAAGCUCCUGGAAGAUGAAAAAGUAUCUGUUUCAGUUGUCUUGGGCCAUGCUGUGCAAAAAGUCGAAAUAGUGAGUGAAGGGGACAGCCCAAUACAGGAACAGCUUGCUCACCUCUUUAUGCCAGAAGAGAGCCAAGCCUACAGCCAGGAAGAGCUGGAGAGGAGGAAGAGCAGCUUGAAGACCUGGCUGGAAACUAAUCAUAUUCCAGUCACAGAAGAAGGAGAAUCACAGAGAACACUAUGUGUUGCAGGGGUCUUAACAAUUGAACCACCCUAUGGGCCAGAAGACUGCAGCAGCUCUAAUGAAAUUAUUCUGUCUAGGGUGCAAAGUUUGUUACAGGGCUAUUUUGCAGCACCACAAUAAUGGACAUAUUGACAAAAGCUUUUCAUUCAAAUAUUUUAUAUUUCAAGAAUGGGGGAAAGGGUAGGUAGGUUACUUCCUUUUCUUAAGAAUUUUUGUGUGUGAUUGACAGGCUUACUUUUCACUGGUAGAGCUAGGAUGAACAGUGCUGCUGGGUUUGAGCUACAUGGAUUUUUCUAUAUAUGAGGGCACAAACAACAACACACCAGUGUAUCUAAGAGCAGGGGGCAUUUGUUUAUAUUUUUAUUUUAAAAUGUCAUUUGAUAUUAAUGGUAUAUUUAAUGACUCCAAAGCCAAAAGCUUCUUUAACAAUGUGGUACCGUAUGAAAAGGUUAGGCUUUUUUUCCCUAUGACUAUAUGAUUUCUGCCUUUAAACAAUGCUUCUGAGUUCGCAUCCCCCUCUGGCAGUAUAUAUGACUAAACAGUUUGCCAUAAUAUAUUGUUUUUAAAAAGAAAAAUUUGCAUGCUUAAUCAGUACUUUCCAGGUUAAGCUAACAAGUUUAAAUGACAAAAAUGUUUGUGUAAAACUCUGUUUUACUGUCGAUUUACACAAAUCGUAUAGAAUAUUUAUUAGAAAUAUUUGGCUGAUGGUUCUCCUGUUUUAGUAGAAAAAUGUUGAUGAAAAUCGAGUACCAUAUGAAAGUUGCCAUGUUAAGUUAGCAUGUAGCUACAAGUUUCUAAUUAAAUUACGUUGCAUAUAUGGUAAAUUUGUUCAUUUUUGACAACACUGAACUUCAUUAAUAUGACAACUUAUGACAAACUGCU